UCGCCUCCAUUGCCCGCCACCAUGGACAGCUCUACAUUCCAGAACGCUCACCUCAAUUCCCCCAAAUUGAGAGUGUAGCCAUGUUGCGUCCAGCGAUAUCCCGGGCUUCAAGACCAUUGGCCGCCUCUGUGAGACGGCGGCAGGCUUUUAGAAACUAUGCCUCGGCUUCCGCAUCUCAAUUCGAUUGGAAAGACCCGCUAGCAAGUAAGAACUUGUUUACCGAGGAGGAAUUGGCUAUCUCGGAGACAGCAGAAAGAUAUUGUCAAGAGCAACUGCAACCGCGGGUUCUCCAGGCAUAUCGUGAUGAGCACUAUGACCCCACCAUAUUGCUCGAAAUGGGCGAACUUGGCCUACUCGGCGCGAAUUUGCACGGUUACGGCUGUGCAGGGGUAUCGACUGUGGCAUCCGGUCUGAUCACCCGGGCCGUCGAACGUGUCGACAGCGGCUACCGAUCGGGUAUGUCAGUGCAAUCAUCCUUAGUGAUGGGCGGGAUCCACGAAUUUGGAACUACGGAACAGAAAGAGAAAUAUCUCCCCAACAUGGCUAAGGGAAAACUCCUUGGUGCGUUCGGACUUACGGAACCUAACCACGGAAGCGAUCCGGGAUCUAUGGAAACGACGGCGCGACCGCACCCGACGAAGAACGGAUAUUACCUCUUAAGCGGUUCGAAGACCUGGAUCACGAAUUCGCCUAUUGCUGAUGUUCUCAUGGUGUGGGCGAAGUUACAAGAGACCGGUAAGAUCAGAGGGUUUCUCAUCGAUAGAAAGGAUUGCCCGGCAGGCACACUUGAGACUCCGGCUAUCAAGAAUAAGACCGGGCUCCGGGCUAGUAUUACUGGUAUGAUCCAUAUGGAUGACUGUCCGGUACCGCAAGAAAACAUGUUUCCCGAUGCUGAAGGCUUAAGCGGACCAUUUACUUGCCUGAAUAGUGCCCGAUACGGGAUCUCCUUCGGAACUAUGGGCGCCUUAGAAAAUUGUAUCGCCUUAGCGCGGACAUAUGCCUUGGAACGCAAACAAUUCAAAUCCAACCCUCUCGCCAAAUACCAACUUAUACAGAAGAAACUAGCUGAUGCUGCAACUGAUGCUGCGUAUGGAGUUUUAGCAUCGAUACAAGUGGGUAGACUUAAGGAUGAAGGGAAAGCUACACCGGAUAUGAUCAGCAUGAUAAAAAGACAGAACUGCGACCGUGCGCUUGUGAAUGCGAGAGCACUGCAAGAGAUCUUCGGGGGAAACGCCGUUAGCGACGAGUACGGGAUCGGAAGACACGUGGCUAACCUAUUCGUGACUCAGACGUAUGAAGGCCAGAGUGAUAUUCACUCUCUCAUUCUGGGAAGGGCCAUCACUGGAAUACAAGCUUUCGUAUGAAAUGCGAGCUGAGCCAACUAAAGGGAUAAUUAUAUAUCUAGAUCGUCGAACAUAUCUUGGGCAAUAUAGAUAUACCGGGUUACAUAAAUCCGACCUGCAUACACUAGGUAGAUUUGAAGCUAUUGAUUCGAGAGAUAAUAUCUCAUCAUAUAUUUAUGCAUACAAGUUGGAACAAGCUUGGGUGGAUAUAAUGACUGCUCACUACCUUGUAUCACAAUAUGACCUAUCUGAACUACAUAAUGUUUGGUGGAAAAUGUCAAUAUAGGAAAUACGCCACUUCCUGGUUAAUUUAGGUAAUCUUUUAACUAUGAAGACUGCCUAUGCAUAUGCUUUCUUUGUCAUUCUUCAUGGUACUAGGUAGUCAUCAAGAUAUGAGGACAGAUAUACAGUAAUUACCUACCUUG